CAAAUACAUAUAUUUAAAUUUAAUAACAGUUUUUUUUCAACAAAUAAUAAUAAUAACAAUAAUUUUAAAAUGAAAUUCCAAUACCCAGAGGCAAAGAGGGAAGAUACUUUUGACAUUUACAAAUCAAAAGAAAAGGGUGAGGUUAAAAUAAAUGAACCAUAUCGUUGGCUUGAAGAUCAAAAUUCAGAAGAAACAAAGAAAUGGGUUAAUGAAGAAAACAAAGUAACUAGAUCAUUUUUAGAUGGUGAUGGUAAAGGUGUUUCAGAAAAAAUUUUAGAAGAGUUAUUAAAAGGUCAAGAUUAUGAACGUUUUGGUUGGUUUAGAAAGAGAGGUAGUAAAUUAUUUUUCUCAAGAAACCCAGGUACCUUAAAUCAAGAUAUUAUUUAUUUAAUGGAUGAAAAGAAUGGUGGUUUUGAAAAUGCUAUAGAAUUUUUAAAUCCAAAUACCUAUUCGAAAGAUGGCACUUGGAGUUUAAAGAGAUUCAAUAUUUCAAAGUCUGGUAGAUUUGUAGUUUUUAGCUAUUCCAAAGCAGGCUCUGAUUGGGAAGAGAUUGGUGUUAAAACUGUACCAGAUAUAGUUUCAAAAGAUGCAGAAAUUAAAACUUUAGAAGAUCAUAUUGAAUGGUGCAAAUUUACCUCAAUUACUUGGGAUGAAAAUGAAACUGGUUUCCUUUACAGCAGAUUUCCACAGCCAUCUUUAGGUGAAAAUGAAGAAAAAGGUACCGAAACAGAUUCAAAUAUAAAUAAUAAGCUUUAUUAUCAUAAAAUUGGAACUAAACAAUCGGAAGAUAUAUUAGUUUAUGAAUGUCCAGAACAUCCAGAAUGGAUUUUAGGUUCAAAUUUCUCAACUGACUUUAAAACUUUAUUCAUUUCCAUUUCAAGAGAUUGCAACCCAGAGGGAAACCUUUAUUUAAUCAGAAAUUUUAAAAAGGUUUUAAAUAAUGAAGAUAAAGAAUUCAAAGUCGAAAAGCUUAUUGAUGAUUUUAAUGCAAGUUAUUAUUAUAUUACAAAUCAAGGUGAUAAACACUUUUUCCUUUCAAAUCUCAAUGCCCCAUUAAAUAAAAUUAUUAGUAUCGAGAUUCCAUCCACUCUUCCAAAACAAAAAGACCUUGUAAUUAAAGAUGUUAUCAAAGAAAGAGAUUACUUAAUGGAAAGUGCUGAUGUUACAACUUUAGAGAAGUUUUAUGUAUCAUUUGUAAAAGAUGUUAAAACAAUCAUUCAAGUCUUUGAUUUCAAUGGUACAUACUUAAAGGAAAUCCAAUUACCAGGUCCAGGUACAGCCUAUUUAUCAACCAAUCAUUUCCACAAUCAUGUUUUCUUAACUUUUACCUCAUUAGUAUCACCAUCAACAACAUACUAUUUCAACUCUGAAAACGAUGAUGAAAUUAAACUCUUCAAAGAACCAAAGAUUGAUGGCUUUGUUCAAUCUGACUAUGUUUGCACUCAAAUCUUUUACGAAUCACCAAAAGAUAAAACCAAGAUUCCAAUGUUUAUUGCUCAUAGAAAAGAUUUUGUUCAAGAUGGUAAUAGUCCAUUUUAUAUGACUGCUUAUGGUGGUUUUAAUAUUCCUUAUAGUCCUUCAUUUAGUUUAAGAAAUAUUUAUUUUAUUGACAAAUUUAAAGGUGCCUUUGCUAUUGCAAAUAUUAGAGGAGGUGGUGAAUAUGGUAAAAAAUGGCACGAAGCUGGUUCCUUAAAGAAUAAGCAAAAUUGCUUUGAUGAUUUUGCUGGUGCCGCUGAAUAUUUAUUUAAAAAUAAAUAUACCAAUCCAAAUAGAUUAGCAGUUAGAGGUGGUUCUAAUGGUGGUUUAUUAAUGGGCGCUUGUUCUAACCAAUAUCCAAAUAUUUUCAAAUGUGUUAUUGCAGAUGUCGGUGUCAUGGAUAUGUUAAAGUUCCAUAAAUUUACAAUUGGUCGUCAUUGGACAAGUGAUUAUGGUAGUAGCGAUGUUCCAGAAGAAUUUGAUGUAUUAAUUAAAUACUCUCCUCUUCAUAAUAUUCCAAGCGAUACUAAAGAGUAUCCAUCCAUUUUAAUUGCCACUGGUUCACAUGAUGAUAGAGUUACUCCACUCCACAGUUACAAAUUUGCCGCUGAACUCCAACACAAGCUUGGCAAGAAAGUUGAAAAUCCACUUUUAAUAACUGUCACACAAUCUGCUGGUCAUGGUGCUGGUAAACCUUUAAGAACUAUUCUCUUCGAACAGGCUGAUGUCUUCAACUUUAUUUCAAAAUGCAUAAACUAUGAUUUAAAAUUUUAGAUUAUCCUUUUUUGUCAAAAUUAUAGUAAUAAAAUAAACCUGUUAACAAAUUUACUAGGAAAGGUGAUAUUAAUUUGAAAAAUUUUAAAAAAAAUUUUAAAAAAAUUUUUAAAAAAAUUCAAAAUU